AUGGGAAAAUCACAAUCCAAGUUGUCGCCUACACAGCUAGAUGAGCUGCAGCGAGCAACCCAUUUUGACAAGAAAGAGCUACAGCAAUGGUACAAAGGCUUCCUUAAGGACUGCCCGUCCGGCACUUUGACCAAAGAGGAAUUCCAAAAGAUAUACCGGCAAUUUUUCCCAUUCGGCGAUCCGUCCUCCUUUGCAAAUUAUGUCUUCAGAGUAUUCGAUUCGGACAACAGUGGAAUGAUUGACUUCAAGGAGUUCAUCUGCGCGCUUUCGGUGACAUCCCGUGGAAAGAUGGAGGACAAGCUUGAUUGGGCUUUCCAACUGUACGAUAUCGAUGGUGACGGCAAGAUCACAUACGACGAGAUGCUGGCCAUUGUCGAGGCAAUCUAUAAGAUGGUUGGAUCCAUGGUGAAGUUGCCUGAAGAUGAGGAUACACCAGAGAAGCGUGUGCGAAAGAUUUUCCGCAUGAUGGACAAGGAUGAGAAUGGCAGCUUGGAUCUUGCUGAGUUCAAAGAAGGUUCCGCAAGGGAUGAAACCAUUGUAUCAGCCUUAAGUCUUUACGAUGGUUUGGUUUGA